AGUUUUUGAAACUCAAAAAUCGAAAACAGAAAGAAGCGAGUGAGAGAGAGAGAGAGAGACGAAGGAGACGAUGACAAGCAAAGACGAGUUUUCUCGAGAUCGAGUUGCGAUUCGCUGCGCCAGAGCUACGAUGCUUCUCUACUCACUCGCAUCGUCUCGCAAAAUCGAUACCGCCGGCGAGCAGGAGGAAGGAGAGACGCGCAAAGAAGAGAUAGAGGAGCUGACGAUGAAGCUUACCAUGGAGAAGAAGAAGACGAAUCGGAUUAAGCUUUGCGGUUUGAUGGAGCUGCUUCUUCACGUCCUCCUGGUACUCUUGCUUUCCACUUUCUUCCUCGUCUUCUUCUUCCUCAGAUCUACUUGAUCUCCUCCUUUAGAAAUUAUAAUCGUCAGCUUCUUCUUUUUUUUUGCUAUUUCCAGUUUUAACACAAUCAAUUUCUUAUGUAAAUGGUCACCUUAUCAAAACCUCCGUCGCUAAUCAUUGUAAUUGCUAAAAACAAAAUUUAACCAAAUCAGCUACGUUUGGUGUUGGAAUGUUUAAGGAUUUAAAGAGCC